GCGAGGAAGAGGCGAGCGACUAAACUGAGGCGGGGUCACAUGCUGGCCUUGUGGGUGGCCAGGCGCCGCCCAGCGACGGCGACGGCACCCUCAUCUCCUUCCACGGAGUCUUGAGGAAACAACGUUCUCCUAGCCGAGGGAGCCAUUCCUUGUCUGCGACUGAGGGGGUUGAGUGUUGGUCGGUGGGUGCACGUUCUUCUUCCCUCGCCCCAGCGGAGCCCAAGGCCGGGCUGCCCGGAUUGGCCGGGGAGGGCCGCGAGCUCCGCCUGCUGUAGCCGUGCUUGCUGACUGGGAGGGGAGCAGAGCGGAGCGAGGCUGCGCUCCCUAGUCUGGAGCGGGAGCCUGGCAGCGGCAGGAGGAGCGGCGGCGGCUGAGGAGGACCCGGAGCCUGCUGGUCUGAGGAGUCAGCCCUGUAAGCCCUCCGCUCCUUGUGCGCAAGGCAAGGGGGAGCCUCCCCGCCUCAACCGAUCCAUGACCAUGGGCGACAAGAAGAGCCCGACCAGGCCAAAAAGGCAAGCAAAACCUGCAGCUGAUGAAGGUUUUUGGGAUUGUAGUGUCUGCACCUUUAGGAACAGUGCUGAAGCCUUUAAAUGCAGCAUAUGUGAUGUCAGGAAAGGCACCUCUACAAGGAAGCCUAGGAUAAAUUCUCAGCUUGUUGCACAACAAGUUGCUCAGCAAUAUGCUACGCCACCACCUCCUAAAAAGGAGAAGAAAGAGAAGGUGGAAAAGCAGGAAGAGAAAAAACCAGACAAAGAAAAAGAAAUUAGUCAAAGUGUUAUAAAGAAGAGUACCAGCAAGAAGACUAAGCCAAAGUCCGAUAUUGUGAAAGAUCCCCCAAGUGAAGCAAAUAGCAUACAGUCUGGCAAUACGACAACAAAGACAAGUGAUUCAAAUCACACCUCAAGGCCCAGACUGAAAAAUGUGGACAGAAGUACAGCCCAGCAGCUGGCAGUCACAGUGGGAAAUGUCACAGUAAUUAUCACAGACUUUAAAGAAAAGACUCGCUCUUCCUCCACAUCUUCAUCUACGGUGACCUCCAGUGCAGGAUCAGAACAGCAGAAUCAGAGCAGCUCAGGCUCAGAGAGCACAGACAAGGGCUCGUCCCGAUCCUCUACGCCAAAGGGCGACAUGUCCGUAGUCAACGAUGAAUCUUUCUGAUAAUUGCACAUGGAAUUGUGGGAAACCUAUGAAAUCAGGGUAUGAAAUUCAAAUAUUCCAUUUGUCCACUAGGCUGUAGUCCUGGAAAAGCUGCCAGUGCCACUUUUUCUCGUCGUCCUCCUAUGCUUCAGCGUACUUUAUGGACAUCGUCCCUUAACUGAUGACACCAGGAUUGUUUGGGAAGGCUGUGGGCAUCUGGUCACCAAGGAAUUUCGCACCCUGACAAUUACUUUUUGACACUUAUUAAUUCCAUUGUUUUAUAUGAUUUUCUUAACAAUCAUUUAUAAUUGGAUGUGCUUCUGACUCUUUCUUAUAAAACUGCUGUGCACAGUUUUUUUCCAUGAACAUUACAACCUUGUUUUUUGGGGGGUGAGGCAACAUGAUGCAGGUGGGAGGGGAGGGCUAUAGGAGGAUUUUUAUUUAUUGUAUUCACAAACGUCAUCCUCUCAUUCUCCCCCACCCCACCCCACCCCACCCCAGCAUAUUCUUUUGAGUUCAGUUCUCGCUACUUCCAGUUAUACUGUGUACUAUCAGUUUUGAUAUAAAUUAUAUAUAAAUAUAUAAAUAUAUAUAUAUAUAUAUAUAUAUAUAUAAAAUAUAUAUAUAUAGGGUUAUUUGAAACCAAUACAUGGAAACGCUGGUGCUUGAAACACUGUGAAGCAAAACAAUUUAAGAUCUGGGACAGUGAGUGCUGAAACAAAACCGGAACCGCUUUUAGAUGAACAGAGUGUUCCUGGAAGUUCAAGUGGAAAUGGGACCUGGCUUUCUUCGUGUGCUUUGCCUGAAGAGUACUGGACAAAGAUAAAUGUCUAUUUUCUUAUUUUCUGUUCCUUUUUUUAUCCCAAAGGUGCUCCAGGUCACUUGCAUUCCCAGUAGAAUAUCUGAAAACAAUAAAUUUCCAGCCUUUUCCUACAAUAGUGUACAAAUUUUAAAAACUACAAGCUAUAUUGGUUUCAGAAUGCCUAGUAUUAAUGUACAUGAUGGCUGCACAUUAACAUUGCCUAGUUUUGCAUAAUCAAUCUCACUUUUACUCUGUGUCACUUUUUCUCUAGCCAUUGUCCAGAUCCAUAUUGGUUAUGGGAGUAACAUUGAAUAUCUGUGGGGUGGGGAAUAUCUGUCAGCAUUUAUGACUCAAGGCAGCUGACAGCCUAACAUUGAGGGUGCUGCCCUCGCCCCUGCUAUUAUAACCAGCCCACUGUGUACUCUGAUGUCACAUAGCUUGCUCUCAAUGCAAAUCUCACGUGUCUGACUUGUUUUUAAUUUAAUUAUUCUGUAUUCUGAGAGUAUUUUUUUUCAAACAGCCUGUCAUCCAAUGAUAACGUCUAUGGAUUUAUUUAGACAUGUCGAGCUAAAAUAGUCUGUUAUGGGAGCUACAGUUGUGAAGAACUUUCAUACUGGCAAGCGAGGAACAGAAUGGCCAAUAAUCGUUAUUCUUUCUAGAAAGCUAUCCUGACUAUAAGCUUCCUUCCAGUUUCAAAUUGUGUUGCAGUUUUACCUAACUUUUGUGUUAUCCUGCUUAAAACACUAGAAUGAAGUGAUGGAACACUGUUUUAAAAAAUCCAUUGUAUGUGCUUUUUUAGGCGACCCAGAGUGCUUUGCUAUAAUUUCAGUAGCCCCUUUUCUGAUUAUCAAAAUGGAUACCGUGUGGGUGUUUAUGCUCAAAGGGCCACUUGGCAGAACUUGGUGCUAGAAAAUUAUUGUACAGAUUUGUUGCUCGAAAAAUAUAAAUUAUUUCUGUUGUAUUGAGGCAAUGAAAUUGUUGCAUUUUACCAGUUUAGUUUUAAGUAGCAACAAACACAAUGUCCUUUGAUAUCAAUUUUAAAUUUUAACCUAUGCUUAACUGAAUAAAGCAACUCUGCUCAAAGAGUUAGAGUAGCAGAGCAGUGCCUUUGCAGCUGCAGUUCAAUUCUGAACAUGGUGAUUUCCUCAUUAAAUUGUUCGUAUAUCUAAUUAUUCUUUUUUGAAGUCUUAUUCUUAAAGUAUUUAUUGAAAAAGAAACAAGAACCAAAGGAAAACCAGAUGAUUCUCAUAAGCUCUGAAAUACAAUAGGUGUAGUUUUAAUAGUCCACAUCAAUCCACAUUUCAAACAUUGGUAUGAUAUUGUAAAGACAUUCCUUUUCCAAGUCUUACUAUUCCUUUAAAGGAUCUCAGGGAGGGUAAAUUGGUCAGCCAUAAUUUAUUUUUGGAGAAAAAAUAAUUUUUAAAGAGAUGUUUUGAACUUAGUCCCAGAUGUGUGUAAUUUGCACAGCUUUUUUUAAACAAAUAAACCAGAAUGAAUUAGGCCUAUAUGCAUUUGGCCCCUUCCCAGCAAAGACCUGAUCUAUGGGCAUGGGUAUUGGGAGUGCACCCGUGUAUACAAAUGGUGUAUUUCCUUCAGUGGGUUGCUAGAAUAAGGCCUUGGUGUGGGGGAAAACAGUGCGUGUUGAGAAAAUUACUUAAUAUGGUGAGCACCACCCACCAAGCAUUGCUGCUCCACUCAUUUUAUAGUAUGGCUUUUUGUGGGCUGCCAUUUAAAGAGUGCACACAGCAGCAGAGGUUGGCGGGUUCUGCCUUGUGAAAUAUGCCCCUUAGGUUAGGCAACAAAAGCUUUAACAGUAAUGAGCUGCUCAUUGGCUUACCAAUUCAGUGAAAUCCUCUUUGGGUUUUCUUUUCCUUUCUCCUUUUUUUUUAAUGUGUGCCUCUGACAUAUUAGCCUGUUAGAAUAAAGUAUGCAAAUCUAUCUUUGGCACAAGUGGUGUGACUGAAACUGCAUUUGGCUGAAAUUGUCAGCUAAGCAUUCAAACUUUCUUGGGCCGCAUUUUUAGCUGUUGCAUUGUAAACUCUGCAACUGGUAACACACACACCCCUUUUAAAAAAGCAUGUUUAAAAAUGGAAUUCCCUUCACUUUCUGCAUUUCAGUUAGCCAUACAGUAGUUGGAGAGCAUGUUUCUGAAAUACUAGUGUAGAAGAAGGGCCAGAAAUGCUUGGUAGCAAGUGGCACAGAAAGCAGGUAAGGAAAAAGCACAGUGUUACAUUUGCAAGUUUCAAUUUUUACACUUUAUAUAUACACACACAUGUGCGUGCACACCAUACACACAACAGCUUGCUUGACUUGCUCAGUUUGAAAUAGUCAUGCAAAGGGAACAAUAAAAAGAAGAGAAUAGAUGGGCAGUUUUAAUUGAAAGCAUUUUGCUUGUUAAAAAUCAGUUAGAUUUUAAAAUUGGGCAGUAGCUAUACGCAUUGAGACACUUCCAUCUGCCUUAUCAGUACCAUUUUCAGGCUACUUUUUUUUAAACAACUGUAAACGUAAAUUAUUGAAAAUUUAUUACUUGCUGACUAUAAUAACCUUUGCUUGUAUGUAACCGAAAACAAAAUGGUUUAAGAGCCAACAUUUAGAAUAUGACAAUGGAGGUGAACAGUUUUUAAUGCGCAAGCAGUUCUGUUCUUGUGUAUGACUUGUAACCUUAAUUUACUGUGUAAAGAUGGUUACAUUAUUCUUUAGCUUUGUUUGUUUGGAGACAAAUAGAGAAUGCUUGUUUAAGUAUGUCAAGACAUAAUUUUAUCUUGUGGAUUUUUAUGUUAAUGUAUUAUACGAGCUAUAUUUUUCAUUUGCCCAGAAAGACAGCUUGUAUAACGCUUUUGGAAGUUUUCUGCUCUGUAAAGUCUUUAGAGCUGACAGUCCUGUUAAGUUUGUUUAAUCUUCAUGCUAAAAGUGUCAAUGGUGGUUUUGUGAACUGGUCAGAAAAAUUCACAGGUCUUAAAUGUUUUCGGGAAAUUUAUAUUGGACACUGCUCUUUGUCUAGCAAAUAAAAGAUGUUAAUAUAUUCCUGUUACCGGCAUGUGCACGACUGUUAUUAGAAGCCACUUUAUCAUUUUCCUGCUUUAAAUAGAAAUGUCUAUUUAUGAAUUCUGCUUGUAGUUUUUUCACAAAUAAAA